UUCGUUCAACUCCAUAUUUACGGAAGUGAGGUGAAACAAUCGCUUUUCAUUUCCUUUACUGUUCACCUGUGCAUUAUUGACCUUUUGAAAACCACUUAAUUGCGGCUUAAACGACGGUGACAGGCAUGUGGGACCACGAGAUCCGAGCCAUGGUGAGCGCCCAUGCCAUCACUGCCUCCUCGGUGCUUGUGGCUACUGUUGCGCUUGCCAUUCUCGUCCCGGGCUUCUCUUUGUACGGCACCCACCUGCUGUGGAUCUACUCUGUGUCUGGUGCCGUUGCCGCGGUCACCGUCGCCAUCUUCUGGCUGCUGGGCAUCUCGCUCCCGACUAGGAAGCACACGCUGGGAUACAAGCUGUCCAGGCUGAUUCGAUCCUGUUUGUACUUCUUCCUGUCCUGCUUGUUCUUCCACACCUUGCUGGUCCUCUAUGGAGCGCCACUAAUUGAUUCUGCUUUGGAGACCUUCUCCCUGGCUGUGCUGCUGUCUUCUCUCACCACGCUCCGCUGUCUCUGCAUGCUCGGCCCGAACGUCCAGGCUUGGAUCCGGGUUUUCAGUCGACAUGGGGCAAUGUCUGUUUGGGACACUUGCCUCCAGAUCACAGUAGCCUUGACAGGGUUGGGAACCUGGUUUGGAGCCUUUGCGAUGCCACUGGACUGGAAUAGACCAUGGCAGGUUUGGCCUAUCUCCUGCAGCCUCGGCGCCAUGUCAGGCUUCCUCUCAGGUCUGGUGGUCGCGCCCACUUACAUCCAUUUCCAUCGCAAGCAGCUCACCUAUAAGUGUAAAUGAUGGCGCAGCUUCAGUUUUCAUGUGCAGUUGCUGCACUCCUUUCACUUUGUCCUGUUAUUUAUUGGGGUUCCCUACAUGUGGACAAUGCAAGAAUUAUAUUUGAGUCAUCUUGUUAUUUUGUACAGUCGCUUUUACAUGAAUAAAACGCGUUGCUUUACUUGUUGUACCUGAUGAAUGUGGUUGGGGGCGCUGUUUUACCAUAUUUUAUUUUACAUACAAAAAACACUAGAGGGAGCCCACACACCAAUAAAUAUUGUAUUUUUUCAUUACACGAAUGAAAUUAGUUAUGUAUGUUGGAAAAUCUACUGUAUGUAGGCUGCUUAGUAACACUUGAACUGGCCUUUCAUUUUAAAACCCAUGACGGCUACAGACUUCCAAUCCAAAUGUCUCAAAACCAAUCACUCCAC